AUGGGUGGCGCCGCUCAACUUCACCCAACGACGCUGAAAUCAGCUGUUAGCGAUCAUUCUCUAAUACGAGAGGAUGCCUUUAUCGGCGGAGAAUGGGUCUCAGGAUCCGAAACAUUUGCUGUAUACGAUCCGGCAACAGAUGGCGUCAUCGCUAACAUCGCCAACAUGACGAAGGGCGAUUUCGAACGUGCCAUCAAUCACGCCAAUGCUGCAUUCAGGAAUUUUAGACACACCAAGGAGCACGAUCGAUCCAAAUUGCUCCACAAGUACGCAGCACUCAUUCGACAACACGCUAAAGAUCUUGCUGUCAUACUCACAUUGGAAAACGGCAAAACGCUCGCGGAAGCUCAAGGCGAGGUCGAGUACGGCGCAAGCUUCAUCACCUGGUUUGCGGAGGAGGCGAUCCGAAAUUAUGGUGAUAUUAUUCCAUCUCAGCAUGCGGGCAGCACCAACUUUGUUAUCCGACAACCGAUCGGCGUCUGUGCCAUCAUUGCUCCCUGGAACUUCCCAAUUGCCAUGAUCACGAGAAAGCUCGGCCCAGCACUCGCUGCCGGCUGCACAUGUGUCAUCAAGCCUCCGAGCGAGACCCCACUCUGCGCUCUAGCUCUCGCACACUUGGCGGUGGAAGCUGGAUUUCCCCCCAAUGUCAUUCAGGUCGUGCCAACGCGGGACAGAUCAGCGGUUGCUGAGCUGUACACCAACCCCAUCAUCAAGAAGGUCAGCUUCACUGGAUCUACAGGUGUCGGUAAGCUCAUCACCAAAGAGGCUGCUGGUACAAUGAAGAAGGUGUCGAUGGAACUUGGAGGCAAUGCGCCUUACAUUGUCUUCGAUGAUGCAGACAUAUCCAAGGCUGUGGACGGCGUCUUGGCGUGCAAGUUUCGCUGCUCUGGUCAGACCUGUGUGUGCGCAAACCGUCUUUAUGUGCAGAAGGGUAUACACGAUGCAUUCAUUGAUGCACUUCUUGAGCGUAUGAAGUCGUUCAAGGUUGGAUCUGGCAUGGAUCCGACAGUGACACACGGUCCACUCAUCAACCGCGCUGCGGUUGACAAGGUCAAAAGUCACAUUGACGACGCCGUGUCGAAGGGCGCCAAGUUGAUCUGGGGCGGUCAGACAAGAGAAGAUCUCGGCCUCGGGAGCAACUUCAUCGAGCCUGCGUUGCUCACUGGCGUCACUGCCGCCAUGGCAGUUGCUCGCGAUGAAACUUUUGGGCCCUUAGCACCUGUCUUUGCUUUCGACACUCUGGAAGAGGUCAUUGAGCUUGCCAACGACACGGAGUUUGGGUUGGCGGGCUACUUCUUCUCCAAUAACUUGAAGACGAUUUGGGCCGCAGCUACUCAGCUUGAGGUUGGUAUGGUGGGGGUCAACACUGGGAAGAUCAGUGCCGCAGAGGCGCCUUUUGGUGGUGUCAAGGAGUCUGGUCUGGGCCGCGAGGGCAGCAAGUAUGGCCUUGCUGAGUUCCAGGUGAUGAAGAAUAUUACUUUGGGAGACAUGAGCUAG